AUGGCCCUCCUUUUUUCACGGCAACGACUUAUUCCACUUCGGAAUCUGACAACGCGUUUCCGUGGGGCUUCGGCUCCUCUUUGUCGAGGUUUGGCUACAAGCGCCCAAUCCAUCGGUUGGCAAAAGACUGGGCCACACAAGUACAUUCGGUCACUUGAUGCCAUCGAGCGCAGUUUAAAAUAUGUGUAUGAUGAUCUCGCCCCUCCAGGAAUUCGUUCGCAGGAUAUUCUCACCACGGCACACAUCAACCUGGACCGAGGCCCAACACUAGAACCAGUUAUUUUUGAGACCCUGAUGAGGCGAGCCUGGGCCCGGGUCAGUCUCCUUCAUCCCGCAGUCGCCGCCACCUUUUUGGGUGAUGGUUUUGAGUAUUCUGUUCCUCAGGAUGAAAGGGAAAUACAAACAUGGGUGGCAAAGAGCUUCGUUGUGAAAGAUACCCAGUUUCGAAAUUCCGAUGCUAGCAACUCACCAGCAUCUCCAUCUGCUCUAUUUAAGGACCUAACAAUAGUUCCACCCGAGCCUCACCCCAUUAUGUAUUAUUUUCGCCAAGAUAAAACACUUGUCUUACGCACCCCACACAUCUACACCGAUGGCACAGGUACCCUCAUGCUAUUGAAUGAUUUCCUGACGGAACUAUCUUCUCUCCUGGAGGGAGACUAUGCAGCGACUGCCAAUAUCGAGCUCCGCCUUUCGGAAACUGACAUUGUUAAGAAACUUCCUCUCAGCUCCAUAGCUGUAGCUAGUAUUCCUACUGUCAGCUCUGCCCAAUUGCAAGCUCUUCUACCGGACAUUGGUCUCAAUUUGACUCAGAAUCGCGAGGCCAUCCAAUUCCCCAUUCACAAUUUGAAAACUUCGAGCACUGAUCCGGGAGCUGGACGACUCCGGGCUUUCAAACUCAAUGCUGAUGAAACGGCAGCCAUCAUCCGAAGUGGAAAGCGAACAGGUCUGGGCUUCACGGCUCUUGUACACGCGGCCAUUCUCCACGCUGGACAAGGUCUCAGUCCAGGGGCGCCUGUGCCGAAUGAUAUCAACACACACACCACUCUCACCGGAUUCAAAUUCCGGGAUCGAUGUUCUCUCGACUCCCCUAAUGCUGGGGAGCGAGCGUUCAUUUCACGCGUAAGCUUGUGGCCCUUCAAGGUGCAGUUGAGUAAUGAUAUUUGGGAGACGGCACGCUGUCUAAAGGCACAAUAUACCACACUUGCGGAACAGAAAGACUUCAUAAUUCCUGCCAGCGUGCGAUUCAUGCAAGAGGGCCUGCCCAAAUUUGCAGACAACCUUGAUGCGUCGUUUUUCGCUUCUUUCCCUGGGGACCUCACGACCAUUGUUCGGCAACGGUAUGGACGUAUCAAUGUGCAGGGUCUAGGGCUCAGUCUAAUCACAACUACUCCUAUGAUGCUUUUGGUCGUACAAUCUUUUGGUGGGGAAAUGGAGAUCCGUCUUACGUAUAGCCCUGCAUCUCAUGAAGAUGAGAAAGUGUAUGAAUUUCUUCAGGUGAUCAGAUCGAAGCUAGCCAUCAUCAGAGGUUGA